UUCACCUAACCAUCUCUCUCUCUCUCUCUCCACCAUUCUCUAUCUAUCUCUCAGCUUUCGCUUUCUAUCUCCUAGAAAACAAUGUCAGUCAACCAUUACUCCACAGACCACCACCACACUCUCUUGUGGCAGCAGCAACACCACACCACCGACGCAUCGGAGACAGCAACAACCACCGCCGCGUGGCUCAACGAUGACCUAAAAGAGUCACUCUUUGAAAAGUCUCUCACGCCAAGCGACGUGGGCAAACUCAACCGCCUCGUCAUACCGAAACAGCACGCUGAGAAAUACUUCCCUCUCAAUGCCGUCGCUGACAAUUCAUCUUCGUCGGAGAAAGGGAUGCUUCUGAGCUUCGAAGACGAGACAGGCAAGUCCUGGAGGUUCAGAUACUCUUACUGGAACAGCAGUCAGAGCUACGUCUUGACUAAAGGAUGGAGCAGAUUCGUCAAAGACAAACAGCUCGAUCCAGGCGACGUCGUUUUCUUCCAACGACACCGUUCUGAUUUACGCAGACUCUUCAUUGGCUGGCGCAGACGUGGCCAAGGCUCCUCCUCCGCCGUCAAUACGAGCUCUAUGGCAGCUCCUUCUUAUCGUCAAAUCCACCACUCCUCUACUAAUUACUCUAAUCCUCCUUCUCACUCUGAGUAUUCCCACUACGGAGCCGCCGUAGCAACAGCGGGGGAGACUCACUCCACACCUUCGUCUUCCGUCGUCGCGGGGAGCUCAAGGACGUUGAGGCUAUUUGGCGUGAAUUUGGAGUGUCAAAUGGAUGAUAACGACGGAGAUGAUUCUGCUGCCGCCGCCGCCGCCGCAGUUGAAUCUCCCGACGGUUACUACGGCCAAAACAUGUAUUAUUACUACCCUCAUCCUCAUAACAUGAAUAUAGCUUUCACGGGGGAACGAUGAAGAAGGAAGCUGCUAUGCUAGAGAUAGAGAGGACGAGGCCGAUGAUAUGAUGAUAAGAUGAUAGAGAGAGAUCCCAAAGAAACAAGUGACAAACAUUUUCUGAAUUGACUUUAGAGCUUUCCUUUUUCUCUAUGGGACCAGAGACUUUGUAGCCACAGCGGCCAAUUUUUCUGGACAAACAAAAAAUUUGUAUGCAAAUUUUAAUAAAUAUCUCAAUUAGCA